CUCUGCUCGUUAUAUAUUCUUCCCUCCCAUCCCCAAAAGUUUGAGAGCAAUCGAGGCGAGCGAGGUAAGAGGAUUUGACGACGAUUGGUUUCUCUCUCUUCUCUCUUAUCUCUCUCAUCUCUCUCACACAGACAACCCUAAAAUCCCCUUUCUCGAUUGCUUGCGCGCUUAAUCUCCUGAUCAAACCCUCAAUUUCGAUUUUGAGUGAGCCCGUAGCAAUUUCGACGCUAGCGAUCCGUGAAGAAUCAGAUUUUUUUCUCGCACAUCUUCGUUGUUUUUUGUUUUGUUUUGUUUGUAACCCUAGAAAAAAUGGCGGAUUCAGCAAAGCAAAUCAGUGGCCAGAAAGCUGCGAUCAAUUUCGAGGGGGCGAAGCAAAACGGCGUCGUUGGGCUCGGCAUUCUCGCCGCCCUGGACGACGAUCGCCGCCAGCUGGAUCCGGUUUUCACCAACGGCGGCCGGACCGCCGCGGUUGUGGCGAUUUCUCCGAGAUCUUCUUCGUCGAGCCCUAUCCCGAUACUCAACAAGAAGGAUUUCUCCGUCAAUGGUGGUGGCGGCGCGGAGGAUAUGGAGCUCUGUGAGGAGUACACCUGUGUGAUAUCUCACGAUGGGGAGAAUCUCGUGAAGAAGAGAGAGUAUUUCGAGGCUGGUGUUUUGGGAGACGAUAGUGGGCCCCACAAGGCUUCUGCGGUUGUUGUUACCGGAAAUGGUGGUGGCGGUGGUGAUUUUCUGAAUUCCUGCUUUCUUUGUGAGAAGAGGCUUGAUGGUUUGGAUAUUUUCAUGUACAGAGGGGAGAAGGCAUUUUGCAGUGCAGAAUGUCGGUACAGGCAAAUCUCGAUUGACGAACAGAACGAGAAGUCGUGCCGCUCUGCAGCGAAGAAGAAGAGGGAGUACUCUGUUUCGCCCUGCUCCGGUAAACUUCAGUUUAUUGCUGGGGUUGCUGCUGCUUGAGUAGUUAUUAUUAAAUCAAUUAUCUUUACCUAUAUAUAUAUUAUAUACUAUAUAUUAUUAUAUAUAUACAGAUUAAGAGAAUGAAUAAAAAAAAGAAUGUUAUGGCAGUAGAUAAUAAGGUUUAUUAUGUAUUUAAUAAUUAUUAUUAUUGAUAAGGAGGGAGUGAAGACUAUAUCUACACACUCUCAUAGAGAGACUUGUCAAUGGGGGCGUAUAUUAGCACCUGAUUACUGGAUCAUGAUAACAUUAACAGCUGUUGUGAGUUGAUUAUUUUUUUUAUAUCUGGCAAAGCAAAUUAUAAACUACUAAUUCUCUCU